AUGGUCUCCGCAAAGAAGCACGUCCCCAUCAUCAAAAAGCACAAGAAGGCGUGGCACCGACACCAGUCGGACACCUUCAAGUGUGUGCCUUCAGCAUGGAGGAAGCCAAAGGGUAUCGACAACCGAGUUCGAAGACGGUUCAAGGGUCAAAUGGUUAUGCCAUCGAUCGGUUUCGGCUCAAAUAAGAAGACUCGACACAUGAUGCCUUCCGGCCACAAGGCUUUCCUCGUCCACAACCCCCGCGACGUCGAACUCCUCCUCAUGCACAACCGAACAUACGCCGCGGAAAUUGCGUCUGCUGUUUCGUCACGGAAGCGAAUUGAGAUCGUUGCGAAGGCAAAGGCAUUGGGCGUCAAGGUCACCAACCCCAAGGCGAAGAUCACCACGGAGUCAUGA